AUGCGAAUAGAUUACUGCAAGCGAAAUCCGUGUCUCAAUGGUGGAUCGUGUGAGUCUCUGAUUGGAGAGCAUAAGUGUCACUGUAUCAACGGCUUCACAGGCGCGAGCUGUGAGACGGACAUUGAUGAGUGCCUGCUCGGCUUCUGCGCUAAUGGUGCGAAAUGCCGCGAUCGUAUCGCCGAUUACGAAUGCAUUUGUGAUGGGACAGGAUUCACCGGAAAGAACUGUACGAUAGACAUCAACGAGUGCAGCGUUCCAUCGAAUUGUGUGAACGGUCAGUGCACGAACACUAGAGGAGGAUACAGAUGCGAUUGUGAGAAAGGGUUUAUUGGUUCUCGUUGUACUGUAAGGGAUCCAUGCCGACCUGAUUCCUUCAAUCGAACAACACACAUGUGUGUCCAUGGUGUUUGCAUCAAUCCUGUUGUCAAGGUCGAUAGUGCAGGUCGUGAAACGGCUAUGCAUGAAUGCAAAUGCAGUCGUGGCUAUACUGGACCGCAAUGUACAACUCAGGUAUCUGAAAGGAAAACCCUUGGUCUAAGUUACAUACUUGGGCCAAUGGCAGCUGUACUAACUGUUCUAACCAUACUUGGCUGUGUCCUGCUAGCGUUUGUGCUUCGCGGAAAACGUGCCCUCCAUGGUCAUUACAGUCCCAGCCACCAGGAACGAAACGGUGCUCGAAUGCAGAUGAACUCCAUGGUCAAGCUGCCCCCUGAAGAACGGUUAAUAUAG